UAAAUGGCGACAGUGCUGCCAGCUUCUAGAGAUCAAUCAUUCGAAGAAUUGUGACAUUUUUGUCUUUAGGCCCCUCAAGCCUAUCGAUCCGAAUGGUCACGUUUUUACCAUUUUGGAAUCGGUUCAGUAGUGGUCCACCGAAAGUGUGUCUCCACACCGCAAAGGUCGAUCACUUCACCAUUCAUGUCCACGACUUAUGGGAGUCUAGGAGAGUUCGCACGAUCUUUCUUCUCCGCAUCAGGUGUCGCCAUUCAUCAUGCGGCAGAGAGAAACCUCCCGCACGAUCAACAACUGUAGUUAUAGCGUGGUUCCACCUCCACGCGUAUGGAGAAAACUGGUCUUCGGAGUUCAUUCCAAUCCGCCAGCGAGGUAGUUUCACUUGUGCUCUCUUCUUGACGACAUCAUCGCUGCUUUUUGGCGCCUCUUUCGAUAUCGCGUGAACCUGGCAACGUGUGACUGCCGAAUUGGCGAUAAUGGGUUUGAAAGUGCUGGCCAUUGCACUACUGGUGGCGUUAGCGCUGCUGGCCACCUUCGAUGCAGGUCCUAUGUACUACAAGAAGGUCUCCGGACAAAAGUACGAACCUGAUUGGGUGCCGGUGUCAUCGACGGUCAUACCGCUGGCCGAAUACCGCGUGAGUGUGGGUGGAGGUGGCGAGCAGGGCUCUCUGCUGACCGGGGAUGAGUACCGGAGGGCAUACCUGAGACACCAGCAACUGUCGGCGGCCGCCAAAAACGGUAAAGACAAGUUGAAGACUGUGCCAGGGAAGGGAUCGGAAGCUGAAGCGGGAGCAGCGGCUCGCGUCCAAGAAGAUCCGGACACGUUGAUCACAGCCAAGAAGAAGUUUUACGAACGGAAAAGCAACUGAUUGGUCGUUGGAAAGUGGAUGAUCGUUUAUAGAUAGUUUGUUCAAUGAAUACAUUCGUUAAUCGUAAAUUGUCUACUUGAUAGCAAUGCAAGAGUGCCAAUUGAUUCAAAAAAGUUAAAUAUUAAUGUUAUGUUAAUUUUAUUUGAUUUGAUUAAACGAAAGGUUAACCAAUACACACUGACA